GGCUCCCGCCUUGGGCGGAGGAAUCCCGGGCUGUGAGGCGGCGGCAUCUGGGCCCAUGUGCUUCUUUGUUUACUAAGAGCGGAAGCCGUGGCGGGAGAGGGGGUGGGGCGGAGGACGGGCCUGGUGGCGGAGAUCCCAGUGAGGGCAGCGGUUUAGGGGACCGAAAGAAAAGGAGAAUAAAACGCGUGGAAGAAACGCUGAGAACCUUGAGACCUGAGUGUGUUGCCGGCUGUGGGAGGCCCUUAGGAAACGAAAAGGUGAAGAAGUUUCUACAAGAGUUUUACCAGGAUGAUGAAUUUGGCAAGAAGCAGUUCAAGUAUGGCAACCAGUUGGUUCGAUUGGCUCAUCGGGAGCAAGUGGCAGUGUACAUAGAUCUAGAUGAUGUAGCUGAGGAUGACCCUGAGCUGGUGGAUUCAAUUUGUGAGAACACCAAGCGCUAUGCUAAGCUCUUCGCUGAUGCUAUACAAGAGCUGCUGCCUCAGUACAAGGAGAGGGAGGUGGUAAAUAAAGAUGUUCUGGACGUUUACAUUGAGCACCGGUUGAUGAUGGAGCAGCGGAGCCGGGACCCUGGGGCAGCCCGGAGCCCCCAGAACCAGUACCCUCCUGAACUUAUGCGCAGAUUUGAGCUGUAUUUUCAAGGUCCCAGUAGUAACAAGCCUCGCGUGAUCCGGGAAGUACGGGCUGACUCUGUGGGGAAAUUGGUAACAGUGCGUGGAAUUGUCACUCGUGUCUCUGAAGUCAAACCCAGGAUGGUGGUGGCCACUUACACGUGUGACCAGUGUGGGGCAGAGACCUAUCAGCCGAUCCAGUCUCCCACUUUCAUGCCUCUGAUCAUGUGCCCGAGCCAGGAGUGCCAGACCAACCGCUCAGGAGGGCGGCUGUACCUACAGACACGUGGCUCCAAGUUCAUCAAAUUCCAGGAUAUGAAGAUGCAAGAACAUAGCGACCAAGUGCCCGUGGGAAAUAUCCCUCGCAGCAUCACGGUGCUGGUAGAAGGAGAGAACACAAGGAUUGCCCAGCCCGGGGACCAUGUCAGCGUCACCGGUAUCUUCUUGCCAGUCCUGCGCGCUGGGUUCCGACAGAUGGUCCAGGGUUUACUCUCGGAAACUUACCUGGAAGCCCAUCGGAUUGUGAAGAUGAGUAAGAGUGAGGAUGAUGAGUCUGGGGCAGGAGAACUGAGCAGGGAGGAACUGAGGCAAAUUGCAGAGGAGGAUUUCUAUGAAAAGUUGGCAGCCUCCAUCGCCCCAGAGAUCUAUGGGCACGAGGAUGUGAAGAAGGCACUGCUGCUCCUGCUGGUGGGAGGGGUGGACCAGUCUCCUCGAGGCAUGAAGAUCAGGGGCAACAUCAACAUCUGCCUGAUGGGGGAUCCUGGUGUGGCCAAGUCUCAGCUCCUGUCUUACAUUGACCGCCUGGCCCCCCGCAGCCAGUACACAACAGGCCGCGGCUCCUCCGGAGUGGGGCUCACAGCAGCUGUGCUGAGAGACUCCAUGAGUGGAGAGCUGACCUUGGAGGGUGGCGCCCUCGUGCUGGCUGACCAGGGUGUGUGCUGCAUUGAUGAAUUUGACAAGAUGGCGGAGGCUGACCGCACGGCCAUCCACGAGGUCAUGGAGCAGCAAACCAUCUCCAUUGCCAAGGCGGGCAUCCUCACAACGCUCAAUGCCCGCUGCUCCAUCCUGGCUGCCGCCAACCCUGCCUAUGGGCGCUACAACCCUCGCCGCAGCCUGGAGCAGAACAUACAGCUUCCUGCUGCGCUGCUCUCCCGAUUUGACCUUCUCUGGCUGAUCCAGGACCGGCCUGACCGAGACAACGACCUGAGGUUGGCCCAGCACAUCACCUAUGUGCACCAGCACAGCCGGCAGCCCCCCGCCCAGUUUGAACCUUUGGACAUGAAGCUUAUGAGACGUUACAUAGCUAUGUGCCAGGAGAAGCAGCCCACGGUGCCAGAGUCUCUGGCCGACUACAUCACAGCAGCGUAUGUGGAGAUGAGGCGCGAGGCCUGGGCCAGUAAGGAUGCCACCUACACUUCCGCCCGGACUCUACUGGCUAUCCUGCGACUGUCCACUGCUCUGGCACGUCUGCGAAUGGUGGACACAGUGGAGAAGGAGGAUGUGAAUGAAGCCAUACGGCUAAUGGAGAUGUCCAAGGACUCCCUUCUGGGUGACAAGGGGCAAGCAGCCAGGACCCAGAGACCAGCGGAUGUGAUAUUUGCCACUGUCCGUGAGUUGGCCUCGGAGGGCCGCAGUGUCCGGUAUUCCGAGGCAGAGCAGCGCUGCGUGUCUCGCGGCUUCACACCUGCUCAGUUCCAGGCGGCCCUAGACGAGUACGAGGAGCUGAACGUCUGGCAGGUCAAUGCCGCCCGGACACGGGUCACUUUUGUGUGAUUCGAGUCGCUUGAGACACUGGUAUCUACUCUGCAUAUGGUCCUAAUCCCCCUUACUUUAAAGACCUAGAGAUGCCCUUGAGGGGAAAGGAGGAUCCCUUCUUUUUCCCAAGCUGCACUUGUUUUACUUAUUCAUUUUGCUAAUAAAGUGUGUGUAGAUUUGCUGCCUUCUGUUGAAACAGGG